AUGGACGCGCCGCGGCCCUUCCGCCCGCCCAGGCCCGGGCCCGGGCCCGCCGCCGCCGUGCCCGUGGCGCGGGGGCUCCGCGGCCUCGCCGCCUUCUCCCCUCGCGUGCGCUCGCCCGGCCCCGCCCAGCCCCGAGCCGCGUCCUCGCCGUUGCCCGCGCUGUUCCGCGGGCUGGGCCUGGAUGAGCGGCCUCUGGAGAGGCCCCUCGGCCGGGGCGGCGCUGGCGAUGCGAAGGCUGCGGCUCCGCCCGGGCCCGUGCGGCUGCAGAAGGAGGAGGAGAAGGACAAGGGGGCAGCGCUGGCGGCGCUCCCCACGCGUGGGCAGAUCCUGUGGAAAGGCAGAGGGGACGCGCUGCCCCCCCAGCCCGGACGAGCCAUCGCCGCCGUGCCUGCGCCGUGCCCGCCCGGCCCCCAGCCCUGCCCUUCGCCCGUGCCCAGCCCGGAGACCCCCCCAGCUGCUGCCAGGCCGGCCCCGGGGACGAAGGCGGUGGCCAAGGGAGGCACCGUCCCCAUGGGGCUGAACUUUGUCAAGAUCCACUGCCAGAACGAAGCUGUCUACCAGUACCACGUGACCUUCAGCCCUGAGGUGGAGUGCAAGGCUGCCCGCUUUGCCAUGCUGAAGGAGCAGCGCGCCGUCACCGGGGACGUGAUGGCCUUCGACGGCUCCAUCCUCUUCCUGCCCAUCCAGAUCCCCAAGGUCAGCCUGAAGGCUCAGAGGAACAGCGACGGGGAGGAGAUCUUCGUCAACAUCCAGAUGACCAAAAUCCUGGAGCCCAGCUCGGAUCUCUGCAUCCCCUUUUACAACGUGGUGUUCCGCAGGGUGAUGAGGAUCCUGAACAUGAGCCUGGUUGGGAGACAUUUCUUUGAGCCUGCCCAGGCCACCACCCUGCAGAAAUACAGCCUCCACAUCUGGCCGGGAUACGCCGUCAGCAUCCGGAGGAAGGACGGGGGGCUCUUCCUCAUGGUGGACGCCAUCCACAAGAUCAUCCGCAGCGAGUCCGUGCUCGGCGUGAUGCAGACCAUCCACUCGCAGAGCCAGAGGACGUUCCAGGACGAGUGCACCAAGCAGCUGGUGGGGAGCGUGGUCAUGACACGCUACAACAACCGCACCUACCGCGUGGACGACAUCGACUGGGACAAGACCCCCAAGGACACCUUCACCCUGGCCAGCGGGCAGGAGAUCACCUUCGUGGAGUACUACAGCAAGACCCACGGGAUCACCAUCAGGGAACUGGACCAGCCCCUGCUCGUCCACAAGCCCAAGGAGAAGCAGACACCAGAGGGGAGGCGCCAGCUGAAGAUGGUGCUGCUCGUGCCAGAGCUCACCUUCCUCACCGGCCUCUCCGACCUCCGCAAGAACAGUCGGAUGCUGAAGGAGGUGAUGUGGGAGAUGAUCCAGAGCCCCCAGCAGCACUACCAGCGCCUCACCGGCCUCCUGCGCCGCAUCCGCGACACCCCGGACGCCUCGCGGGAGCUGGAGCGCUGGGGGCUGGUCCUGGACACGGACAUCUACAGGACCCAGGGUCACAUCCUGCCCGUGGAGCGCAUCAACCUCCGGCACCGCUCCUUCCUUCCCGCCGAGGAGCUGGGCUGGCACCGCGAGGUGACCAAGGAGGUGCCCAUCGCCGUGAUCUCCGUCAAUUCCUGGCUCCUGAUCUAUCCCAAGCGGCUGCAGCACCUGGCCAAGGACCUGCUGGCAGCCAUGAGGAGCAGCUGUGGGGCCAUGGGGAUGCAGGUGGGACAGCCCACGGUGCAGGAGCUGCGGGAUGACCGCAUCGAGACCUACGUCAGGGCUAUCCAGGGCUCCUUGGGCAGCCAGGACAAGGUGCAGCUGCUCCUGUGCAUCAUCCCUGGCGGCCGGGACGACGUCUACGGGGCCAUCAAGAAGCUUUGCUGUGUGCAGAGCCCGGUGCCCUCCCAGGUCAUCAAUGCCCAGUCCCUCAUGGGCCAUCCUGGCAAGAUCAGGAGCGUGGUGCAGAAAGUUCUGCUGCAGAUCAACUGCAAGCUGGGCGGGCAGCUCUGGGGGGUUGAUAUCCCACUGAAGCAGCUGAUGGUCGUGGGCAUGGACAUCCACCACAGCAAGAGCCAGGGCAUGCGCUCCGUCAUCGGCUUCGUGGCCAGCAUGAACCACAUCCUCACCAAGUGGUACUCCAGGGUGGUUUUCCAGAUGCCCCACCAGGAGAUCGCCGACAGCCUCCGCCUCUGCCUCUCCCAGGCCCUCAAGCGCUUCUACGAGCUGAACCACUCCCUGCCCAUGAAGAUCGUGGUGUACCGCGACGGGGUGUCCGACCCCCAGCUGGACACGGUGCUCAAGUACGAGGUGCCCCAGCUCCAGAAGAGCUUCCACACCUUCCAGAACUACCAGCCCAGCCUCGUGGUCGUGGUGGUGCAGAAGCAGCUGAGCACAAACUUCUACUGCGUGACGGGAGAGGAGUUUGUGUCCCCUCCCCUGGGCACCGUCAUCGACCACGGCGUCACCAGCUCGGGCCGGCAGGAUUUCUUCCUGCUGGCCCAUCACUCCCGGCAGGGCUGCAGCGUCCCCACGCGCUACAUCUGCAUGUGGAACACGGCCAACCUCAGCUCCGAGCACCUCCAGAGGUUGACCUUCAAGCUGUGUCACCUGUACUGGAACUGGCCGGGCACGGUCCGUGUCCCUGCCCCCUGCAAGUACGCCCACAAGCUGGCAUUCCUGGUGGGCCAGGUCCUGCACCACGAGCCCAGCGCCCACCUCUGCGAGCAGCUCUUCUUCCUUUAA